AUGACGAGAUCUCGAUUUCUGUUCCUUCCUCCUCCCCUCCCCACCUUCCCCCCCCCCUCCCCCCCUCCACACCCUUCGUGGGAUUCGGUCCACCCUUCGGCCUGCCAGGUGGCAGCAUGGCAGAUCAGGGGCCGGGUUCCGGCCUCUGUGGACGUGACAGCUGGCAUGCUUGCCGUGCAGCUGCAGGACCCGGACCUCUGGCCCCCCAACGCGGUGCCUCCGCUCCCUCCAUUCGUGCUCCGCCAAUCAUAUGCUGCUGUCAUUAUCAGCCCUGGGUCGGUCAGUGGUAAGGGUGGCGGCACACGUGGGAAUUCCGCGACUGCUGGUGGACGUGCGGCAUUCCCUGGCCCACAAUCGCCUGCUGCAGUUGCCGCCCUGGCCCACAAUCGCCUGCUGCAGUUGCCAGUGCUGCGACUUGCAGUCACUCAGGCCAUAGGCUGGCUAGUGAGCAACUACUGGAGCAGGCAGGCGGCCAUGCUAGCAGCAGGCAACGAGCACUUAGCACACCUAUCUUUAUCAUUCUACCCUUCUCCCUACCCUCUUCCCUUGUUCUCCAUUCCACCCCAGGCGCUGGGCUGGCUAGCCCUGGGGUGGCUCGUGAGCAACUAUUGGAGCAGGCAGGCGGCUAUGCUGGCGGCGAGCAGCGAGGAUGCGGAGGGCAAGUUCUCCUCCUUCAGACGACUCAUUGUCUGUUACCACCGCCACUGCCCGUUCUGCUGCCCACGCUCUCAUUCUCAUUCUGCCCCUUCCCCUUCCCCCCUCUUCUCACCCCAGGCUCUUGCAGCGUCUGAGCCUGAUGAUUCGAUUAUGGUGGGGAAGCACAUGCAGCACCCGGCCAGGCAGAGGAAGGCGCAGUUGAGAGAGUUACGGAGGUGUGCAGAGCGGUCCAUGGGCGAUCUCGCUGCUCUGCUGCUGAGGCAGCUUAGGAGAGUCGUGAAUGCUGCUUAUAACGCGGAUAAGGGUGGUUUCGGCGGUGUGGGUGAGGAAAGUGGGGCACAAACGGGGGGAGGAGGGGGAGGGGAAAGAGGGGAAGAUUUGGAAGGGUUAGAAGAGGCGGUUUGGGAGGUGUUGGAUCAUAUAAGAGGGUUGCCAGCUGCGUUACUGUCGCAUAUAGUGAAUGAGCUUAUAGCGGUGGUUGUGAGGGGCGGGAGCAGGGGGGUGGGUGGUGAGGGGAAUGAGGUGUGGACGGGUGGUGAGAGGAUGUGUGAGGGGAUGGGUGGUGGGGGAGAGGAUAGGGAGGGGGUGAGAGGGGAAGGGGGAUGGAGGGAUGAGGAGGAGUGGAGGGAGAUUAUGCAGUGUUUGGAGUGGUUGCUUAUGGAAGGGGAGUUGGAGGAGGAAGAGGGGGAGGAGGAGGGGGAUGGAGAGAGAGGAGGGAUGAUAAAGGCAGUGCAAAAAGUGGUGGUGGGGAGACAGUGCGGAGGGCCGGGAGGGAAGGAGGAGGAGGAGAAGGAAGAGGGGGAGGAAGAGGAGGAGGAGGAAGGGGACGUGGAAGGGGAAGGGGAGAAGAAAGGACAAUUUUAUGGGGAUAGGAUGGAGGACGGAUCAGGUGGUGAGACAGAAGAAGAGGCUGAAGAGGAGGAGAAGGGGGAAGAGGAGGAUGAAGAGGAGGAGGAGGAGGAACAAGAGGAAGAGGAAGAAGGCGACGAAGAUGAGGAGCUAGAAGAAGAGGAAGACUGGGGGGAGGAAGAGGACGAUAUCGAUUUCGAUCUGGGCGGCACAGACCCACCAACACACAGGACCUCAUCACACGACUCGUCCCCAUCGCACGGCAAGUGGUUCCCUCUGCCUCUCCUCGCCCGCUGCGCCACGCGCUGCCUGCACGCCCUCCCCUCCUGUCCCCGCCUGCCACAUGUGCUUGCUGACGUGGCACUUGCACUCGCUGACCGGAUGAUCCAGAAGGAAGAAGAGGAGGGGGACGAGCGGGAGGGGAAGGGUGGAUGUGGAGGAGAUGGGUCUCAGGGAGGUAGAUCUGGUGGAGGCAAGAGUAAAGGAGGGGGGGAGGGGACGAAAAGGAGCAAAGGGAGGGGGGCGGAGAUGAGCUCGCGCAUUCAGCAGCUAGUGAGGCACGGGUUGGUGGAGUGGUGGGAGGAGAGAGGGGCAGCAGGUCCUGCUGCUGGCUCUGCUGGUAACCCUACUAUCGCGCCUGGUGUGGUUACAUGUGGCGGUGGUGGGGUAGCAGCAGCGGGUGCAUUUCCUGUUUCCUGGUUGGGUCAUUCGCAACGGUUGAGAGAGAUUCUGGUGACGAGCGGUGACGUGCUUAUGGCGAGCGGUGCGUUAGAGGGGGAUUUGCUCGCUGACAAUGCACUGGAAGUGUGCUCCGGCGUUCUCCCGAACCUGGAACCGCCACUCGAGGCUGCGAGGAGGUUCGGCGCAGGUCCGGGCUGGGCGUUCGGUCCGGAUGGAGGUUCGGGUGGGCCAGGUCCGGAUGAGAGAGAGUGGGAGAUUAAUGGGGUUAGAGGGGUUAGAGGGGAAGGGGACGAUGCAGAAAUAAUGGAAAACGGAGGAGAGGUGGUAUCUGGUGCUGCUUUUGGUAGUGGUGCUGGUGGUGCUGGUGGUGCUGGUGGUGCUGGUACUGGUGAGGAGAUGAGUGCGAUAGCUCACUUGGAGCAGGCUGCAAGUACUGCAUUGUUGGGAAAAGCAGCAGCAUCAGUGGCAGGGGCAAAGAUAUCCGGUGCAGCAACGCUAACAGGUGCACAAGCGGAGGCAGAGGCAGAUGGGGUGGGAGCUGCUGGGGCGAGUGGUGACCCUGUUGCUGCUUCAGGAUAUGAUUGGGCAGCUUUGAAACAUUCAAUUGCCUUGAUAUGA